AUGACGGCCGCCCUGGCGCUGGCCGUUCUGGCCCUCGCCUACGCCGCGGCGCCCGCGCACGCCCAGCGGCGGUGCGGCGCGCAGGCCGGAGGCGCGCUGUGCCCCAACAACCUCUGCUGCAGUAAGUACGGCUACUGCGGCCGCAGCUGCGACCACUGCGGCACCGGCUGCCACAGCCAGUGCGCACGGCGGCGGCGCGGCGCGCAGGCCGGAGGCGCGCUGUGCCCCAACAACCUCUGCUGCAGUAAGUACGGCUACUGCGGCCGCAGCUGCGACCACUGCGGCGCCGGCUGCCAGAGCCAGUGCGCCCACGGCGGCGGCGCGCAGGCCGGCGGCGCGGCGUGCCCCCACGGCCUCUGCUGCAGCCGGUACGGCUACUGCGGCCUCGGCGGCGACCACUGCGGCGCCGGCUGCCAGGGCCAGUGCGCCGCCGGCGUGGCGUCCGUGCUGACCCGGGAGCUCUUCGACCGGAUGCUGCCGCACCGCGACGACGCCGCGUGCCCCGGGCGCGGCUUCUACACCUACGACGCCUUCGUCGCCGCGGCGCGCGCGUUCCCGGCCUUCGGCGCCACGGGCGGCGCCGCCGCGCGCAAGUGGGAGGUCGCCGCGUUCCUGGCGCACACCUCCCACGAGACCUCUGGUGGGCCGUUUUCCUGGGGCUACUGCUACAAGGAGGUGAAGGGCGCCACGUCAGACCACUGCGUGCCGAGCGCGCGGUGGCCUUGCUCAUCGAACACGACGUACCAUGCACGCGGGCCCAUGCAGAUCUCCUACAACUACAACUACGGGCCGGCCGGGGAGGCCAUCGCCGCCGACCUGCUGAGCAACCGGGACAUGCUCACGGCUGACGCCGUCGUGGCGUUCAAGACGGCACUGUGGCUGUGGAUGACCCCGCGCGCGCCGACCGAGCCGUCGUGCCACGCCGUCGCCACGGGGCAGUGGGCCCCGACGCCCGCGGACCGCGCGGCCGGACGCAGGCCGGGCUUCGGGCUGACCACGAGCAUCCUCACCGGCGGGCUGCAGUGCGCCGCCGGCAGCGGCCGCGUCGCGUUCUACAAGCGCUACUGCGACGUCCUCGGCGUCAGCUACGGGCCCGACCUGGACUGCGCCGGCCAGGCGCCGUUCGACGGCGUCCUCAGGUCCUCGGCGCAGUAGAUGUGUGAUGUGCCCCGCUGCCGCCGGAGUACACCUCCGGCGAUCAUGUGUUUUUCUUUGCAAAGAACCGUGUAAUUUUCAUAUGUUUGUGAACG